GUCAUAUUUGUUUUUAAUUUUUAUAGAACCUAAAAUAAAAGUUGAAUAAUAUAUAAAGUGAAUUAUACAAGUCAUUUAUACUGAAUUAGGAUAUAUUUGAAUAAUAUAGUCUGUCAAUAUCAAUAAUGUCUUUUUCGUUUGGUUCUAACACUACUACAACGCAAAGUGCACCUUUUGGUUCGGCGACAAAGCCAACCUUUUCGUUUGGAAGUACGAAUACUGCCACAACUUCAAAUGCUGGGUUUAAUUUUGGGACUUCAACUAGUUCUUCUGGAUUCGGUACUUUUGGAUCUACCAAUACAACAGCUCCCUUUGGAGGAUUAGGUUCAAUCCCUACCUCUACAGCACCAUCACUGUUUGGCGGUACAGGUUUUGGAAAUACUGCUGCUAAACCAGCUACUGGUUUUGGAACAACUGGGUUUGGCACCAAUACUCUUGGCUCUGGCACAGGUUUUGGUGCAGGUACAGGUACAUUUGGUACUAAUGCUCUUGGUUCAAAUACAUUUGGCACCGGAUCUACUUUUGGUUCUACAUUUACCACUAAACCAGCCACAGGAUUUGGUGGAUUUGGCACAAACCUUGGAACAACACCUGCUUUUGGUCAGCAAGUGCAGCAGCAACAACAACAAAGUCAAGGCCCUACUACAGCUCAUGAGGCCUUGGUGGCAGCAGUUUUUAAUUGCUGUGUAUUUGGUGACGAAAGGGACCAGGUCCUAGCUAAGUGGAAUCUUCUGCAAGCUCAAUGGGGAACUGGUCAGGCAUAUUAUAAUCGUAAUGCACCACCACUAGACUUGAAUGAACAAAAUCCACUAUGUAGAUUCAAAGCAGUUGGUUAUUCUCGCCUCGGAGGACGUGAGGACAAAGAUGGUCAUGUGGCUAUGUUGUUUAAUAAACCUGAACAAGAAAUCAAAAAUAAUCAGCAAGCAUUUAUAACAUCACUGUCUGGUUUGUUGGGAAAUAAACCACAUCUAGUUGUGAAUAUUGAUUCUGUGAAAGCUGUUUCGGAAAAUAAGACCCAGGUGGUGGUGUAUGUGGUAGACAAGAACGCUGGCGGGUCGCACGUGUCCGCGUCCGAGUUGUCCGGAUUCUUGAACGGUGCGGCGCGUGCGGCCCUCACCGGCGCCGGCUGCGGGUGCGUGUCCGCCGCCACGAGACCCACGCCGCAGAUGUUGCAACACUAUCUGCAGACGCCGCCGCCGGGCAUGGAUAUGCGUUUAUGGAAACAAGCUCAAGCUGAUAACCCAGAUCCUGACAACUAUAUUCCAGUGCCUAUAAUAGGAUUUUCUGAAAUUAAAUUCCGUUCACGCUGUCAAUCUGAAGAAGCUAGUUUGCAAGCAAGUUGGCUUCGUAAGGCAAGUGAUACACUAGGCGAGUUGCGAACUCGCCGGGCUGCGUCCGCUGCACAACUAGCCCAACUUUCAGCAAGAUUACAUGGAUUACGGCAUACACUAUUACAGGUAAUAUCUAAACAAGAGGUCGUGGGACGAGUGGGCGCAGCGCUGAGUCCAGAAGAAGAAGCGAUGAGAGCGCGCCUACACGAACUGUUAUCGCAACUUGCAGCUCCUCCACUCUCUAAUGGUCGUCUAAACGAACUAUUAUGUGCUGUUAGAUUGCAGCGUAGCGCAUGUGCUGGGACAUAUCAUGAGCGUUAUUAUCUGGACCCAGGUGCACAAGAAGACGUGAAGCAGUUCUUGACUUUACAGCAACGUGGUAUGGCGCAUUUAUUGGACACUGCAAGGAAAGAUUUAGCUGCACUCAAUACGAUUGCAGAGGGUAUGUCCAAGCUCGUAAGGGCAUAGCAUAUGUUCAACUAAGGAUUUUGUAAUGUGAUUUAUAUUAUUACAAUAUGCUGAAAUGUGAUUGGAAAAUGUGGACGCAGGGCUUCAUAUAUCUCAACAAGGUAGUAUAUAAAUAAUGAUUAGUUUUGAAAAUUCUAAUUUCUACUCGACUGGCUGUAGCUUGGUCUGAUAGGCAGAAACUUCGUGUUAAUAUAUAGUAAAAAAAUCUAAAUUCAAUCAGUAAUUUUAGCGAAAUUUGAGAAAGUACAAAUGUAUAUGUAUAUGUCGAAUACAAACCUCCCGCAGUUAGAAAAAAAUGCAAAUUUAGCGAUAAAUUUCCAAGUUUUGUAGACACUGAUAUAUGGAAGCUGAAUCAUGAUACAUAAAGAUUAGAUUAACUAUUUGGAUUACUGCGUAUAUAUGAAUUGCACUCCUUUACCGCCUAUUACACCAUUUAUUCGCUGGAUAAUAAAGUUUCAUAAAUAAAUACAUAUAUUAUUUUUAUAUAAUUAGGUUUUUGCGUUAUUCCAGUUACCUAUUGUUAAAUGAACUACAUAUGUUUGUUAGAUACUUAAAGUAUUGUAGACUCUUACACACUGCUUAUUGUAAAGUUAUCUCGAACAAGUGAUUGGUGUUAUUGGCUCGCUACUUUGACGCCAUUCCGUAUCACCGUCGCUCUUAAGUGCUUUCCAAGGACUUGCAUUUGAAGUUACCUUUGGAAUUUAAUCUCUUGUGACGCAUACCUGAAAAGUGGACGUCUAUAAUUAUUGUUUUAUAAAUAAACAAGUUGAUUAGUAAUUACGUACAGUAUCUCUUGAACAUGUUUAAUUUCAUAUGAAGAUAAUAAAGAAUAUAAAUGACAUUAAUUAUGUGUAUGUAUGUAUAAAUAAAAGUUGUAUUUUUUC